AAAAUCUUAAUUAAAAAUCAUGGCGCACAACUUUUGGUUCUCGUAUCAAAAUCCGCAUACGUCAUCAAGCAGCUCAGCAAGUGGUGAUCAUUCACGUCCAUUGAUGCCUCCACAUGAACAUCACAAGCCGCCGCAAACAGACGAGGAAAAACAAAAAGAACGCCAAACGAAGGAAACGCGAGAGAAGGAACAACAAAAGCACAUGGAAAUUGACGCUGCCAUCACAAAACGAGAAGCACGUGAAGUUCAUAAACUGGACGUUGAACUGCUGUCGCAACGACGUGCCCAAGAACGCGAACGCCAGGCAAAAAUAACGCAACAACAGCAACUUCAUCAUCAUUCGCAACUGCAACAAACAUCGAUAACGGAAGAAAACACGGCGCCAAAUAAUGUCACGCAACCCAUCAUCAGCAUCUCGCAACGCGAAUCCUUCGAGCGACAAAUUAGCGAUGGCAAAAGUUCGAGUAGCGGAAGCGGCAGUACGUCGACAAGUACGAGUGGCCCGCUAAAAAUAACGGAAAAACGCAAAAGUACCGACGGCGUGUCAACGUCAUCGACAGUAAUUGAAGUGGCGUAUCAACAACAACAGCAAUCGGCGUCAACGACGACAAGCAGUGACACGAUGAUAAAAGACGGAAUGUUACAGAAUGUGUUACAGGAGCAACAAAAAAGUCAGACACCAUCCCCAAAGGGCAUCCACUUAACGUUGCAGCCAACUAUCAAGCCAGGCGGGCAUUUUGAUCCGAGUCGCCCGCGAGACGACUCAACCGAGAGCGAUCAAUCAAUGCCACGUUCCGCCUCACAAACAGACGGCUUGCAACGUCUCACAUGUAGAGCACCAAUAGCAUCGCUAGACUGUAUGGAGGAAUUUAGCGGUACGGGAGGACAUCUCGAUUUCGGUCGUUCGAUUAGUCUUGGCUCGAAUCCAGGGCUGCCAAUUCGCCAUUGCACGAGUGCAACGCCGGGCUUGCGUUACAAAAAUUUGGGCAAAAGUGGCUUGCGUGUCAGCAAUGUUGGGCUCGGUACGUGGUCCAUUUUCGCGCCAUCCGUAUCCGAGGAGCAAGCAGAAACAAUAAUUAAAUUGGCUGUGGACAGUGGAAUCAAUAUUUUUGACUUAUCGGAAGCGCAUUCAGGCAUCCGCGCAGAAAUUGAACUCGGAAAAAUUCUGCAGAAAUAUCAGUGGAAACGUGCAAGUUAUGUUGUCACAACGAAAAUUUAUUGGAGCACAAAGUCAGAUGAACGUGGCUUAUCGCGAAAACACAUAAUUGAAAGUGUCCAAGCCAGCUUAAAUCGUCUGCAAUUAUCCUACAUUGAUAUCGUGAUUGUGCACAAAGCUGACUCAAUGUGUCCCAUGGAAGAGAUUGUACGCGCGAUGACUUAUGUCAUUUCACAGGGAUGGGCGAUGUAUUGGGGCACUGCAAGAUGGUCUCCAACAGAGAUAAUGGAAGCGUACACGAACUGUCGUCAGUUUAAUUGCAUCACGCCGAUAGUCGAGCAAGCAGAAUAUCACAUGUUUUAUCGUGAAAAAGCCGAAUUGUAUUUGCCCGAGUUGUACAACAAAAUUGGCGUCGGUUUGAUGGCAUGGGGCCCCUUGGCAAUGGCGCUGGGCGAAGUGCAAAACGGUGAACGUCUUUUAUUCCCCAAGGGAUCGUUCAAAGCGAAAAGUCACAGUUACUCGUGGACCGAAGACGAGUUGAACAAAGAGGUAAGAGAAAUAAUGCGAAUUUAAUGGCGGACAUUAAGUUUAAUCGUGCAAAUGAAAUAGGAACGAUUGGAAGAGGGAAGACGACACUGUGAUAAAGUACGAGAUUUAGCUAAUUUGGCGGAAAAAUUGGGUUGCAGCGCGAUACAAUUAUCGAUUGCAUGGUCGUUGAAGCAUGAGCCUGUGCAGUGUUUAUUGCUCGGAGCAACGACGCCAGAGCAGUUGCAUCAAAGUUUGCAAGCACUUCAGCUUUUGCCACGUUUGUCAACUGGCGUGAUGUUGGAAAUCGAGCGUAUUUUGGACAACAAACCCAUUCGUCCCCCGAUGAUAUCCACGUUGGCGCUUCGGUGACAAUCGGCUUGCCCGCCAGGCGGCGGGCUCGGCAGCUCAAUCGGAGGACCAGGCGGCGAAACACCAAAAGACGAGGACGUAAGUAUCGGCGAGGAACAGAAAGAUUCGGGCAAAUUGAGUUUUUGCGAAAUUCAGUGACAACAGGGGAUCUUAGACAACAACAAAUUUUUUAAUAAAUCUUCUACUAAACGCUUAGAUAAAUCAAGUAAUAGUUCUAGCAAAGAUAACAUAAAAUAUAUAAGAGUCUCGACAUCCAGUAACGAUCUCAAGAGUCCCUUAGCAGCGACGCAGCAGCAGCAACAACAACCACUUUUCAAUACUCGCUUAGAUAGUAAUUCGAAUAACAAUUAUAAUAACUUAGAUACGAUAAAUGAGCAACAACAACAGCAACACCAGCUACCAAGUGCACGCCAAUUAGAUCGCAAUAAGUCAAUUGAUUCGAUCAAGCCGACCCCCGAAAACGGAAAGACUAACAACAGCAGUGAUAAGAUACGCCGCAACUCAAGUCUCAUGAAUUUUAAGUCGCUAGACAUAAGUCUCAAGUCCAUUUAUGCCUCGCUCAAGGGCACGAAGGCGUCGCACGAAAAGGAAAAGGCGGCAAAAGUCGAGGCGGCGACAACGCGCGACGACUCCAUUAACACAAGCACCGCCAGUAUCCGCAAACCGCCCUUCCUGAAGAUCGAAACGGUCGAGCACGACGAGUCGCAAACGUUGCUCAUGUAUCCCCAGAGUCCAGGUGGGUCUGCACACCAUAGACGCAGCUUUGACACAAACAGCUCCGCCUUCCUUAGCACGCACCAAUACACGGAAUUCUCGCAAUCGCGUGCCAGCUCUCCCUACUUGUGUGUCAGUGCGCAAAAUAUUCGCCGAUCCUCCACUUCGGACAUUAUCGGCAACAAACGGGGCGGCAGCGGAAGUCAUUCUGCUGCUGAAAGUCGCAGACCGAGCACGAGCGAUCUGCUAAGACGUGCGCGCGAACGCAAAGGCAGUGAGGGACGCUUGGGGAGAAGCAUUUCUCACGGCUGCGUUAAUCGAGGCGGAGGAAUGCGAAAUCGCCGAACUAGUAUGGCUUACUAAAAACCAAAAAAAAAAACUAAAAAAAGAAAACUCUUAUAUAUUUUUUUGUAUCAUUUUUGAAUUGAACGAAAAUUAUAUAUAAAAAAAAUCAUUUAUAAGCAUUAUUAGAAUUAG